UUGGGAGUUUUUGCAGUGUAUAAAGCUGGUCUGAUGGUCUCUCCAACACUCUGCUGGUGCCUCAACAGCUUCUUGUCAGACUGCCAUUAAAUUGCUUAUUGAUCGUCCUCGUCCCUCAGGGGUCGUUCCCAUCGAUUUAGCCGAUCACCUGACCUUUCCUCAACACCGCUGUCAAGUCGGAUUUCCCUCUGAACAAACACGUCCUCCCUCCACCGCUGGCUGGAUGUUUGCUACCGAUGGAUGAACCCAAAUGCCUUCAGUGACUUCUGCAACGUCUUCAAUACUCCAAUGUCCCAAAGUAAGAAGCCCGUUUGGUCCUGGAGACGUAACGACCUUUCUGUAGGAGCUUCCCGGGGGACAGAAGAUCGACAGCGUGUUGUUUGUGGAUUUGAAUGAAGCUUUCAGCCUCCAGGGGCCGCUCACUUUGCUUCUGAAUGUUGAAGAUGAAAUAGAAAAACAACAGGCCUGGCAGCGGUUUAUGCACACUGGAGGAGGAAGUAAUGUUUGAUGUUGAGCAUUUAUGACAGGGGUGUCCACCAUGAGGCCUGUGGUCCAAAAGUGGUCCUCCAGAGGGUCCAACAUGAGGCCUGUGGUCCAAAAGUGGUCCUCCAGAGGGUCCAACAUGAGGCCUGUGGUCCAAAAGGGGUCCUCCAGAGUGUCCAACAUGAGGCCCGUGGUCCAAAAGUGGUCCUCCAGAGGGUCCAACAUGAGGCCCGUGGUCCAAAAGCGGUCCUCCAGAGGGUCCAACAUGAGGCCCGUGGUCCAAAAGUGGUCCUCCAGAGGGUCCAACAUGAGGCCUGUGGUCCAAAAGGGGUCCUCCAGAGUGUCCAACAUGAGGCCCGUGGUCCAAAAGCGGUCCUCCAGAGGGUCCAACAUGAGGCCCGUGGACCAAAAGUGGUCCUCCAGAGGGUCCAACAUGAGGCCUGUGGGCCAAAAGCGGUCCUCCAGAGGGUCCAACAUGAGGCCUGUGGUCCAAAAGUGGUCCUCCAGAGUGUCCAACAUGAGGCCCGUGGUCCAAAAGCGGUCCUCCAGAGGGUCCAACAUGAGGCCCGUGGUCCAAAAGCGGUCCUCCAGAGGGUCCAACAUGAGGCCUGUGGUCCAAAAGCGGUCCUCCAGAGGGUCCAACAUGAGGCCCGUGGUCCAAAAGUGGUCCUCCAGAGGGUCCAACAUGAGGCCCGUGGACCAAAAGUGGUCCUCCAGAGGGUCCAACAUGAGGCCUGUGGGCCAAAAGUGGUCCUCCAGAGGGUCCAACAUGAGGCCUGUGGUCCAAAAGUGGUCCUCCAGAGGGUCCAAUCCGGCCCUCAAAGUGUAAAAAUUCCAGAGAAGACAUUAACUGCAGAUUGUAAAUUAGUAAAACUAUAAAUUUAAAAUCAUUUCUAGACCAUGACAAGUUGUUUGGAUCAUAAAGUAAAAUACUGGAUUGUUUUUUGUUUUUUUGUCAUUUUG